GCAGCAGCCUUUCUAUGUGGUGUAGAGUAUUUUGGGAAAUGAAACACAGACUUACUUCAGUGGCUUCUUUUUGCUGGAGAAAGAUAAAGUCCCUGUCUUUAUGUAGGCAAAGAAGUAAGAUGCUCAAGCCAGUUUCAGCUCCCCUCUUCACUGGGAAUUUGUUUCUCAAUGCAGGCUAAGGUCAGUAGACAGACAGACUUUGUUGGGGUGAUCAUAGGGUUUUGGGUUUAGUAGUUAAGAGAGUUAAUUUGUUUUGAUAGGUUUGUUUUUUGGUUGUGGUUUUUUGUUGGGUUGUUUUUUUUGGUUUUUUUGGGCUUUUUUUUGCUAAUAUGCAAAUAUUGAAGUCUUUCACAGGGUCAGAGGAAAGGGUCAACAUGAUAAAUAACUCUUUCAUCAGUCUCCACAAGGAUGGCAGGAAAACAGUACAAGACAAACCUACUAAAAUUCCCUUCCCUGACCUGGUUUUUUAUAGCUAAUAUGUACAAGAGAGAUAACAGUUUGCACUGUGAGCAAUUUAAAAUAAAAAUGCUGCUUAAAAACGAUAAAUUAAAACCCUAUGCCUGACCAAUAUUUCCUUAAAAGACCAGAGUCAGAAAACUCACCUUACGCCUCAGAUUAUUAAGAAAAUUGGAAUGGGUUGUUGGCAGCAGGGAGGAGAUUGUUUAGAGAGUCCAUGUUUUCUACACACUGAGUCAGUGAACCACAUGGAGAUGUAGCCAUCUAUAGCCUUGCAAACAAAGGCACAGCUGAGCCCAACUCCCAGGCCUAAUCCUGCACUGUAUCAUCCUUCAGGUCUCCUGUGUGAUAUCAUGGAAAGAUGCUGUUGACUUCCCUGGAUAGGUAGGAUAAUGUGGGUAGCCCAUCUCACUCAUCUGAUAAAAGUUCAGACAUAACAGGCACCUAACCCACACAACUAUAAAAUUCAAUGUUAUUAGCUUAUUUUUUCACAAAGAAGCUGUCUGAAAGGAAGAUCCAAGUCUGCUUUGUGGGGAACACUACAGAGGUAGAAGAGAGUCCUUAAUUAUGAACCAUUAAAGAUAUGUUUUAUUUGAUGGCUAUUGAUAGUUUUCAAAAUCUGGAGCAAACACUUUUCAUCAGAGAAAUGGAAAGUAGAACUUGCCCUAGUCGUAUGGGGAGCUCUUCUGGGCUGCUUAGCUGCUACAGUGCCAGUUAUGUUUAAGCAGCAUCUUCUGCCCUUCAGUUUUAUUAGCUCAUUUAAUCCUCAGCUUCAGUAUCUGAUGCAGCUUUUAUCUGCCUUCCUUCUGUUGCCUGUGGGUGCUCUUGCCACAUGACUGUCCUUCCCAGCCACCCCUUCUGAGAAAGGUGGCAGCAGCUGCAUUUCCUUCUUCACUGGGAAAAACAGACUUGCCUCCUCAAUAUUGGCAUUCAUCUUCACAACAAGUAAUUUGUGGGGUCAUUAAUUAAAAAAAAAAAGGUUUUCAUUAAAUAUGAGGAAAUGAAUGCAGAGAUGUUGCAUUUCAGAAUAAACCUUGAACAGUAAAUAUUUUACGUUACAGUUGCUUUUAAACAAAGGCUACUUUUCCCUACAGACAUCAGUUCUAUAUAUAAUAUGAAACCAUCGUGAAGCUUAUUGGUAAAGUCUUUUGCUAUUCUAAAGAUAAAUAAUAUUAAUGUCAAAUUAAGGAGAGAAACGUGGAGAAGUAGUGCCUGUGACACUGCUCAGAGGAGUGAAAAAAUGACACACGGGACUUCCAGCUGCUGCUAAUACAACAGCUUUGCAGAACCCUGGAAAGCAGAUCUGAACAGAAUAGCGUACAGAGCAUUGUGACAUUUGAGGGCAGGCACAGGAUCCAUGACACCGCUACUGUGAUCUGCUCCUAAAAUUGACAGCAAGUACUCUUCCUCUAGACAAAACUACUCUGACUUCAGCAAUAAACAGCAGCUUUGCUACCAUAAAGCCUUGGCAGCAGAGACUCAUAUUUACAGUACAUCUCAUCACUUCCCUUAAGCUGUAUUAAACGUGUACUUCAUAGCAUAUUUCAUCAGUUUUUUUGUUUUGUUUCUUAUUUUAAAGCAUCUUAAGUAACCGGGAUCCAUCCUUCCAAGAGAUGUUUGAGGUGCGGGGUGUCUUGAGCGCAGCCUUCCUUCAAGGCCGCCUCACAUCAGCCGGUGCUCUGACUUGAGCCCUGCCCGCGGCCAGGCUUGGCUCCUGCGAGCUCCCCUCAAGGUCACCGCGGGCACGGCCGGCCGAGGCGACGGCAGCUCGCCCCUUCGGGAGCCGCCGCCUGGCAGCGGGCGGGGGCCGCGGCCAGGGGCGGCUGCUGGCCCCGAGCGGGCGGGCGCGGCGCCGUGGUUUCCGGCGGCCCCGGCGAGGCCGCGGAGGGCCGGGGCUUGCACAAGCCGUUCGGGGCUCGCCCCUUUCCCGGGCAGUCACAUGAGCAGAGCCGUCGGCGGGCCAGGCGCUCCCGCACGGCUAACAUGGAGCUGCGAGUGGCCCUCGGGCUGGCGCUGCUCUGCGCCGCGUUGGAGGCGGCACCGGCCGGCCCGCAGCCCCGCUCCGCCGUGGGGCAGUUCUGGCAUGUAUCCGAUCUACAUUUAGAUCCGACUUAUCACAUUACCCCUGAUCGCACCAAAGUUUGUUCUUCUUCCAAAGGAGCCAAUGCCUCCAACCCAGGCCCAUUUGGGGAUUUUUUGUGUGAUUCUCCUUAUCAACUUAUUUUGUCAGCAUUUACAUUCAUGAAGGAUUCCAAAGAGCAGGUUUCAUUCAUGAUUUGGACAGGAGAUAGCCCUCCUCAUGUUCCUGUAAAAGAGCUCUCCACGAAAUUGGUCAUUAGCAUCAUUGGCAAUAUGAGUUCUACAAUUCGUAAUUUCUUUCCAGAUCUUCAGGUUUUCCCGGCCUUGGGCAAUCAUGACUACUGGCCACAGGAUCAGCUUCCUGUAACUACCAGUGAAGUUUACAAUGCUGUUGCCGAUUUCUGGAAACCUUGGCUAAAUGAUGAAGCAAUCAAUACCUUCAGAAAAGGUGGCUUCUACACACAGCUUUUUGAAUCCGGUGAUCGCUCUCAACCGCUCAGGAUAAUCAGUCUGAACACAAAUUUAUAUUACAGCCCCAACAGCCUAACUGUGAAUAUCACUGACCCAGCCAACCAGUUUGCCUGGCUGGAGGCAAUACUUGAAACCUCUUCACAAAACAAGGAAAAGGUAUAUAUAAUAGGUCAUGUACCGGUAGGAUACUUGCCAUAUGCAAGGAAUACUACAGCUAUAAGGGAGUAUUACAAUGAGAGACUGGUAAAGAUUUUUCGCAAAUACAGUAGUGUUAUUGCGGGCCAGUUUUUUGGACAUACACAUAGAGAUAGUAUCAUGGUCCUCCUGGAUGAAGAAGAAAAGCCAGUCAAUUCCUUGUUUGUGGCACCUGCUGUAACCCCAGUGAAGAAUGUAUGGCAAAUGGAGUCCAAUAACCCUGGUGUCAGAUUGUAUCAGUAUGAUAUUCUUGAUUAUACUUUGCUGGAUCUUUGGCAGUUUUACUUGGACCUCAGAGAUGCCAAUGAGAAAAAUGAAUCCAACUGGAAAUUAGAAUACAUCCUGACUAAAACUUAUGGCAUUGAAGACUUGAAGCCAGAAAGCCUAUAUGAAAUGGCCAAACAGUUGUCUAUGCCACACAGCACACUCUUUAAGCAGUAUUACAGUAACUUCAUUGUGAGUUAUGACAAAACCAUUGUCUGUGAAGAGGGGUGCAAGACCUGCCAAAUAUGUGCAAUCCAAUAUUUAGAUCACUCCUCAUACACAGAGUGUAUCCAGCGGGAGGCAACGUGAAGAUGAAAUCUCUGUGCAGUUAAUGCAGAUAGUGACUUUGCCUGUGAUUCAAAGAACCUGCUUGUUCUUUCGCUCAAGCACUGACGUACGGACAGGGAACCUGGGGAACUUCUCUGAAUUUCAGGGGAGCAGUAAAUCUCCCUAGAUCUUUCUUCUUGCAAACAUGUUGUCCUUUAUCAUCUAAAUAAAAGCUUAUUGACUAUGUAA